UCGAGCGAGGAGAACUCCAGAGGAGGUGUCGACCCGAUGCUGGAGAAGCAUCGGUUCUAUGGAAGACGCUACACGAUCGUGGAAGCACUAGCGGGCCGAAACUCGGGCCCUGGCCCUGGCCCGUAAUGCAGUUUCCCAGGCCCGAUCGACAGGACACUGGCCCGGAAGUUUCAACCAAUUUUCGAACGCUUGCCAACCGAGAAGAAAAGAGAAGAGAACCCGCCAAAGCAUGAGCGCCAUCGUUGAUGGCCCUUCGCUUCUCCUCCUCCUCCUUCUCCCCUCGCCUUCGCCUCACGACACCGUACCUUCUCUCGCUCUUCUUGCAGCCCUCGCGCGGCGCCGGGCGAGUCUCGAGAUGCUCGACGGUCGCGGAAGCUCCGAGGUCGCCCUCCUUUCGGAGGAAGACGUUCUCGCAUCUUUUCCAGGACUGCUCGAGCCAGAGGGCCCUGGGGCCCGGAAAACAGGCUCAUGCGCGUAUGAUCGUGACUGGGUUUUCGCCGACGGUGUUCGUCGCGAACUGUUUGAUCCAAAUGUACGUCAAAUGUUCGAGCUUGGAUCACGCGCUCAAGGUGUUCAACAGAAUGCCGCUUCAGGACACCUUUUCAUGGAAUGCGGUGAUAUUUGGGUACGCGGGGAGUGGGAACGUGGUGGCUGCGGAGGCACUUUUUCGGUUGAUGCAAAAGGAUGUCGUCUCGUGGAAUUCCAUGGUAUCCGGUUUUCUACAGAAUGGUGAUAGUUGGAAGGCUGUUGGUGUUUUUAUGGAGAUGAGAGGAGCAGAAGUGGGGCUCGAUUACACUACUUUGGCCGUUGUUUCAAAAGCAUGUUCGUGCUUAGAAGAUCUGAACUUGGGAAUUCAGAUCCAUGGGGUUGCAGUGAGGAUGGGAGUUCAUGAGGAUGUAGUCACCGCGAGUGCUUUAGUUGACAUGUAUGCCAAGUGUAAGAAGUUAGAUAGAUCGCUUCAGCUCUUUUCGGAAAUGCCAGAGAAGAAUUGGGUUUCAUGGAGUGCUGUAAUUGCCGGUUGCGUCCAAAACAAUAAAUUGAUUGAGGGUUUAGAGAUAUACAGGGAAAUGCUGAAAGCUGGAUGUGGAGUGAGCCAAUCCACUUAUGCAAGUGUCUUCAGGUCAUGUGCGGGGUUGUCAGCAUUAGGAAUCGGCACUCAGUUACAUGGUCAUUCAUUGAAGAGUGACUUUGGAGAUGAUAUCGUGGUAGCGACCACUUUGGACAUGUAUGCAAAAUGUGACAACAUGGAACUUGCUAGAAAGUUGUUUAACUCUAUGCCGGAUCAUAGUUUGCAGUCAUAUAAUGCCAUUAUUGUUGGAUAUUCUCGAAGUGGUCAUGGUUUUGAAGCUUUGAAUCUAUUUAGAGAUUUGCAGAAGUCUGGUCGAGGUUUUGAUGAAAUAACUUUGUCGGGCGCCUUGAGUGCAUGUGCGAUAAUUAAAGGGCUUUUUGAGGGGCUUCAAAUUCAUUCACUAACAAUUAAGAGCACCUUGAAUAACAACAUAUGCGUUGCAAAUGCCCUGUUGGAUAUGUAUGGAAAAUGUAGAGCUUUAUCGGAAGCAUGCUGUGUUUUUGAUGAAAUGACUAUUAGAGAUGCCGUAUCAUGGAAUGCGAUCAUUGCAGCACAUGAGCAGAACGAUAAUGUAGAGGAAACACUCAUGCUAUUUACUUCAAUGCUUCGAUCAAGGAUGGAACCUGAUGAAUUCACAUAUGGAAGUGUCUUGAAAGCUUGUGCAGGUAAUCGAGCUCUGAGUUGUGGUAUGGAGGUUCAUAAUAGAGUAAUCAAAUCCGGAAUGGGGUUGAACUGGUUUGUAGGGAGUGCAUUGGUUGACAUGUACAGUAAAUGUGGGAUGACAGAAGUGGCAGAGAAGAUCCAUUUUAGAACAAAAGAACAGACGAUGGUUUCUUGGAAUGCACUCAUCUCUGGGUUCGUAAUGCAAAAGCAGAGUGAGGAUGCUCAGAGAUAUUUCUCUUGGAUGUUGGAGAUUGGCGUAGAGCCUGAUAGCUUCACUUAUGCAACAGUUCUUGAUACUUGUGCUAAUCUUGCUACUGUCAGUCUAGGGAAGCAAAUCCAUGCCCAAAUUUUGAAAUUAGAGCUGCAAGCAGACGUUUACAUCUGCAGCACCCUUGUUGACAUGUACUCAAAGUGUGGAAAUUUGAAAGAUUCCCAGUUGAUGUUUGAGAAAGCACCUAAGAGAGACUUUGUGACAUGGAAUGCAAUGAUCUGUGGCUUCGCACAUCAUGGGCUUGGUGAAGAGGCCCUUAAAGUUUUUGGGAGGAUGCAACUCGAAAGCGUGAAGCCAAACCAUGCUACUUUCGUGUCAGUUCUUCGAGCUUGUGCGCACAUGGGACUUGCUGAAGAAGGAUUACAGUAUUUUCACUCUAUGCAACCUGCAUAUGGUUUGAAUCCCCAGUUAGAGCAUUACUCGUGUAUGGUGGAUAUCCUAGGGAGGUCAGGCCGAGUUGAUGAUGCUCUAGAGCUUAUUUACGAUAUGCCUUUUGAAACGGAUGCUGUUAUUUGGAGAAGUCUACUUAGCACUUGCUGUGACCAAGGUAAUGUGGAAAUAGCAGAAGUGGCGGCAAAUUCUCUUCUGCGAUUGGAGCCAGAAGAUUCUUCUGCAUAUAUCCUUCUAUCAAAUAUAUAUGCCAAUGCAGGAAUGUGGAAGGAAGUUUCAGAGAUGAGGAAAGUAAUGAAGAAUAAAAAGUUAAGGAAGGAGCCGGGAUGUAGCUGGAUCGAGGUGAAAGAUGAGGUGCACACAUUUCUUGUGGGAGAGAGGGCUCAUCCAAGAUCGAGAGAAAUUUACUGGAAGCUUGAUCUGCUCAUCAAUGAAAUGAGGGGAUCUGGUUAUGUGCCUGUUGCCAAUUUCCUCAUUGAUGAGGAGAUAGAAGAAAACGAAUCUGAGGAAGAAUUGAGAACGAAUGUCUACUCAUAGUUGGGAAUUAUUAUUAGAUUCCUCAGAACAAGAAGAGGAAAAGUCGAGUCGCGAAUAGGGAAAGGAGAACGCCAUUGGCAAAUUGUGCCGCAUGUUGGUACAGGGAAGCAACUGAAUAUUUUUAAGACUAGCUCACAGAUUCAUUCUGACAAUUGAACGAGAUUCCGAUAUUCUCGAUCCAGGCUCAGAGGACAAAAAAAAGGCGGCGUGGCAUAACUACAAUCCCUUUAGCACAGAUAACGGAAUUCGGCCCAAAACUGAAGUUGUCCCGAGAAACCUUGAUUUGGGGUCCCUCUGCGAAUGGCCUCCACGACAGCAAUUACUGCUAACGGGAGAACUCCCGGGAUACCUGCCGUCGAAUGACAGCAAGGUUCGAGAGUGACCUCGCAGAGAGGACGUACUUCAAGAUUCUCACAGAGGAAACUUGAAAACCGAAUGGGAAGGGCUUGCAAAAUGCAGGAUUCAGGAUUGCAGGAGGAAAGAACCUCCAUGUUUUCACUUUCUUUGUACUACAUUAAUUCUUUCCUGACGAAACAAAGUGAUGCUGUCCUAAAAAGUUCAGAGAUUCGACAAA